AUGCCUCCAACCGCCCUCACCACCGCACCCAAUACUGUCAACCGCCCUCACCACCGCACCCAAUACUGUCAACCGCCCUCACCACCGCACCCAAUACCCUCAACCACCCUCACCACCGCACCCAAUACUGUCAACCGCCCUCACCACCGCAUCCAAUACUGCCAACCGCCCUCACCACCGCAUCCAAUACUGCCAACCGCCCUCACCACCGCAUCCAAUACUGCCAACCGCCCUCACCACCGCAUCCAAUACUGCCAACCGCCCUCACCACCGCAUCCAAUACUGCCAACCGCCCUCACCACCGCAUCCAAUACUGCCAACCGCCCUCACCACCGCAUCCAAUACUGCCAACCGCCCUCACCACCGCAUCCAAUACCCUCAACCUCCCUCACCACCACACCCAAUACUGUCAACCGCCCUCACCACCACACCCAAUACCCUCAACCACCCUCACCACCGCACCCAAUACUGCCAACCACCCUCACCACCGCACCCAAUACCCUCAACCACCCUCACCACCGCACCCAAUACUGCCAACCACCCUCACCACCGCACCCAAUACCGCCAACCACCCUCACCACUGCACCCAAUACUGUCAACCACCCUCACCACCGCACCCAAUACCGUCAACCACCCUCACCACUGCACCCAAUACUGUCAACCACCCUCACCACCGCACCCAAUACUGUCAACCACCCUCACCACUGCACCCAAUACUGUCAACCACCCUCACCACCACACCCAAUACCGCCAACCGCCCUCACCACAGCACCACGUGUGUGUGGCGACCAGAGAAAACCCUCCCAUACCACCCUCCCAGGCGACCAGAGAAAACCCCUCCCAUACCACCCUCCCAGGCGACCAGAGAAAACCCUCCCAUACCACCCUCCCAGGCGACCAGAGAAAACCCUCCCAUACCACCCCCCCAGGCGACCAGAGAAAACCCUCCCAUACCACCCCCCCUACCACCCCCCAGGCGACCAGAGAAAACCCUCCCAUACCACCCUCCCAGGCGACCAGAGAAAACCCUCCCAUACCACCCUCCCAGGCGACCAGAGAAAACCCUCCCAUACCACCCUCCCAGGCGACCAGAGAAAACCCUCCCAUACCACCCCCCCAGGCGACCAGAGAAAACCCUCCCAUACCACCCCCCCUACCACCCCCCCAGGGCGACCAGAGAAAAACCCUCCAUACCACCCUCCCAGGCGACCAGAGAAACCCUCCCAUACCACCCUCCCAGGCGACCAGAGAAAACCCUCCCAUACCACCCCCCAGGCGACCAGAGAAAACCCUCCCAUACCACCCCCCCAGGCGACCAGAGAAAACCCUCCCAUACCACCCCCCAGGCGACCAGAGAAAACCCUCCCAUACCACCCCCCCAGGCGACCAGAGAAAACCCUCCCAUACCACCCUCCCAGGCGACCAGAGAAACCCUCCCAUACCACCCUCCCAGGCGACCAGAGAAAACGCUCCCAUACCACCCCCCCAGGCGACCAGAGAAAACCCUCCCAUACCACCCCCCCAGGCGACCAGAGAAAACCCUCCCAUACCACCCCCCCAGGCGACCAGAGAAAACCCUCCCAUACCACCCCCCCAGGCGACCAGAAGAAAACCCUCCCAUACCACCCUCCCAGGCGACCAGAGAAAACCCUCCCAUACCACCCCUCCUAG